AUGCGAUUGGUCGUAGCUGACCAACCCCAUAGUACCAUGUUUACAUGGAUUUGUUGCAGUUUUACAAUUCAGAUCUUUUUCAAGGUUAUUAAAUGUCGUGCAUCGUACCCAGGAUUCCUGGCUGAGAUGAAAAGAGAGGAGUGCAGGAAUAAGUUUAUACGUACGUUGGAGGCUCCUCUGAAAUCAGCUCGACCGCUGGGAAUCGAUGUAGAGAAAAUUAAAAGCGACGUAACACGGAGAGUAGAGGAAUCUCAAGAUUUAACAGAGAUGAAGAGAACUUUGGAGGAACGAGCAAUGCAGGUAUCACUUUCUGACUAUCUUCGACUUUCUUUCUUUCAAGGUCUAUGA